CUACAUCGGAAUUCUCUCUACAUAUGACCGGAAUACACGCCGGAGAGGGGCAACAGCCCCCUCCGCCCAAAAGCGUUAAUAUCCCUCGCCAGCAACAGGCUGGCACUCCUCAAGCCAAAAGCUUCCUGGCGGCAGUGACAUGCUGCAACAUCCCCAGCCAACAGAUAGAGCACGGAAGGCCAUGUGUUAGCUUCACGAAGGAAGAGGUGGAAAUCCUUGCUGAAAGAUUUAACAGAGCUCUGGUUGGUUCCUUCUUCCAUGGCAGACCUUCACUCCCUUUUAUCCGUUCUCACCUGGAAAAGAUAGGCUUCACAGACUUCUCAGUCACACUGCUAGAUGAAACCCAUGUGCUGCUUCAUUUCACCAAGGAUGAGGACUUCUUAAGGUGCUUCAAAAGAUAUGAAUGGAAACUUGGAUGCUUUGAAAUGAAGGUGUCAAAAUGGACACCAAAUUUUGAUCCCAGAGUCAGAUCCCAUAAAAACCAACUCAAAGAUGCUGAAACUAGCUUUGAUACCCUCCCAACACCUGAAAACAGAGAGACAAUGAAUGCUGUCAGAGCAAACCUAACCCUAGCAGCACAUGAUGAAUACCUAUACUGGAAACAGAAGGCAAACCUAAAAUGGGCAAAAGAAGGGGAUCUUAACACAGCUUUCUUCCACUCCAAAGUCAAAGAAAAAAGACACCAUCAAACCAUCAGGAAAAUCAAAAACCAGAGUGGGAACUGGUCAAGCAACCAGGUGGAAAUUCAGGAUAUCUUUCACAAGCACUUUAACGCCCUAUUUCAACAUGAACAAACCCCUCUCAAUAAUUCCUUCACCAUCAACAUCCCUUCCCUCAUAACCCCAGAGGAUAACCUCCUUCUUACCCAACUCCCCCUAGAAGAUGAAGUGAAAACAGCAGUCUGGGCUUUGAAAGCUGACAGUGCAGCAGGGCCAGAUGGCUACAAUGGAAACUUUUUCAAAAAGCACUGGAAUUGGAUAAAGGAGGAUGUCACUAAAGCAACACAAGAAUUCUUCCUUGGAAUCAAGAUGCCAAAACAGAUGGCACUAUCCACUAUUAUUCUCAUCCCCAAGAAAGAGAACCCAUCCUACUCUGAAGACUACAGACCCAUAUGUCUUUCCAAUUUUGCUGCAAAAAUCAUUCCCAAAAUCUUUGCAACAAGACUGGGUAACCUUCUUCCUAAGGUUAUCUCUCAGGAGCAGGGGGGUUUUGUCAAAGGGAGGUCCAUAAAUGAACAAGUACUUCUAGCCCAUGAGAUGCUGCAUGCAGCAGCGAUCAUCCGGCAGAGAAACGGAAAUUUCAUUGGAGCAUGGACAAAAAUUUCGCAGGGUGAAACAGACCCAGAAGAAGGUAUGGCGGACCAACGGAAGAGGAAAAAGGUUAGAGGUGCAGGGAAGUGCGAGAAGCUUUAUAAGAGGAGGAGGGAGGGUCACCCGCCUAUAGAGCUUGAGUGGGAGCGUGGGGAGCCUAUACGUGGUCCGUAUGUUUCGGAGUUUUCUGGGCUUGUAGGGUUUGAGGAUAUAUAUGUGAUACCUCCCGUUGGGGCCCGACAUGUUAUGACAGUUGCCGCGGAGAGACUUUGCGCUUUCCGGACAUAUUUACGAAAAGCCUAUUUGAAGGAAGGUGGGGAUCAUUACGGCAAGUAUCCCCCUAAUGAUUAUACCUUCGUAGAGCUUUUAGCGAGAAGAAUAGGAAUAUACAGAAGAAGAAUUCCUAUCCGCACUAUAUGGGCCGAGGUGGAUAUGCCAUGCUCCAGCGUGAGUUUGCCUCUGCUUCUCAGGCCACCACUUCUGUUGAUAUCGCUGGUUCGUCUAUCGAGACGAGUUCUCAGCUCAGACAGGAGGACUCUUAGUUGCGAGGUUCAGCUGAAGAAAGAGGUCGCAGCCGGUACCUUUGUGCCACAUGGGCACAAUGAUGUACUGACUAGAGCUUUAGGGACUGCCAAGCACCCAGGACGGACGAGGGGUGUUGGGUCAUAUUCGGGCUUACGUAAAGUUUUCAAAGGCAACAUGAAGCCUCGUAACUAUAUGACUGAGGAGGAUCUUUUGCAGCCUCUUCCUUCCCUUCUGCAGCAGUAUGGACUAUCUGUGUCCGGGAGUGCUCCAGAAGGGGCAUCCAUGUUGCAGCACACACCGUCUGUACCACCUCAUUAUGAGCAGCGUAGUAGCAAGGCGUCUACAAAUUAUGUUGACGUCGCCGGUGUCACUGAGGUUGCUCCUUGUUACUUGAGGAUCUCUGAUCUAGCAGAUUACAUAGUGGCACAUGGAUCGAUUUUCCCACGUGCACCGGGAGAUAUGGUGCACGGUGUUCCCCUCCUUCCCCACCAGGUUAAGGUCUCUGUGACCCUUGUGCUUCCUGGAAUGGGUGAAUAUACCAAUCCUUGUCCGACUGAGCAUAUGGAGACUGUGGCCGAUUGCGAGGGGAGCUUCGUUGCAUGGCCUAAGUCGUUGGUGGGCGUUGGAGAUCCUCUGGUGCAGACGGCUCGACAUGGCGACUUCUCAUCAAGCAAAUCUCGUCCCAUUCUUGGCAUACGUCCCACUGCUCCUAGUUCUCCCGUACAGGAUGUUGUUGACUAGAGAUCAUACGUCGCAUUCGGGCCGAGUACCGUUAUCCGAGGUAAGUUUGUUUUAGUGUUUUUGAAAGUAAUGAAAUGUAGGGUAAUGA